UCCCUCCCGCGCUGGCCGCCCCUCGAAGCAACGCCCCGAGGGGAGGCGGGCGAGCGAGGGAUAAAAAGCGCGGCGCUGGAGCAGCACGGAACUCUGCGCGCCCCUCCAGCGCUCCAGUUAGAGACCCUCGCAGCUGCCCGCCCCCGCGCGCCCCAGUUCCACUGCCUCGGAUCGGAGCGUCGCCACCCCGCAACCUAGGGGGAAAGGGAGCGUCUAAACUGUGGGGAGUUCGGGUCCUUUGCAAAGGGGAGCCCCGGAGUCACCUGGCGCCGAAAGGAGUUCUCUUUUGUCCCGUCGGACCCUGAUGCUUUUGGGAAUGAGCACCUGUGGCAGAAAGGCCCUGACUCUGCUUAGCAGCGUGUUUGCCGUUUGUGGAUUGGGACUCCUGGGGAUUGCUGUGAGCACGGACUACUGGCUGUAUCUGGAGGAAGGAAUUAUCCUGCCCCAAAACCAGAGUGCUGAAAUCAAGAUGUCUCUGCACUCUGGGCUCUGGAGGGUUUGUUUUUUGGCAGGUGAAGAACGUGGGAGGUGCUUCACGAUAGAAUACGUCAUGCCAAUGAAUGUCCAGCUGACAUCUGAAUCAACUGUCAAUGUUUUAAAGAUGAUUCGUUCUGCCACCCCAUUUCCCUUGGUCAGCCUAUUCUUCAUGUUUAUCGGAUUCAUUCUAAGCAACAUAGGGCAUAUUCGACCUCACAGAACCAUCCUGGCCUUCGUAUCUGGGAUCUUCUUCAUUCUGUCUGGUUUAUCUCUGGUUGUGGGGCUCGUUCUGUACAUUUCCAGCAUCAACGAUGAGAUGCUCAACAGAACCAAGGACUCCGAGACUUACUUCACUUAUAGAUAUGGAUGGUCAUUUGCUUUUUCUGCCAUCUCUUUUCUCCUGACAGAGAGCGCAGGUGUCAUGUCUGUCUACCUGUUCAUGAAGAGAUAUACCGCAGAGGAGAUGUACAGGCCUCAUCCUGGCUUCUACCGCCCACGGCUUAGCAACUGCUCCGACUACUCUGGCCAGUUCCUCCACCCGGAUGCCUGGGUUCGUGGACGCAGCCCUUCCGACAUCUCCAGCGAUGCAUCUCUCCAGAUGAACAGUAGUUACCCUGCUCUACUGAAAUGUCCAGAUUAUGACCAGAUGUCGUCCUCUCCAUGUUGAAUCGAAAGUAACUACUUUGCCUUUUAGGAAUGAAAACCUGGUGGAGGCUGUUAUGUCCUCAAA